AUGGCAAACGCUUCAAUGUCUAAUGUUUCUGAAUUUACAUCAAAUUAUGGUGUUCACAUUUCAAACAAAACAACAAAAAUCCAUGCGCCACGAGAUGGAUACGACCUGCCUCUAUUUGGUCUGGAAAACCAUCACUUUGCAUCCUUACAUUUGACUGCACUUUCAUGCAUAAGUAUCAGUCUAACGUUCUCGGUUUUUGUUCUGGCUUUAUCUUUCCGAAACUCAAAUCACCGAUUUUUAAGCUGGACCAAAAGCAAGCGACUUGUAGUUUACAUGGCCAUUUGCGAUGGUGUUUUUAAUCUGACUCAUUCAUUGGAACAUUUGCAGAUAUACAUAACAAAGGACCAUGUGCGACCACGUGAACUUUGUAUGUUUUACUCCUUCGUCAUUGGAGAGUUCAUAUCCGCACAAAUGUUCAUGGUCAAUGCGGUCUCUAUAAAUGUCUUCAGUAUGAUAUACAUGAGAAAAGACAUACAUUUGGGAAAAUAUGACUGGAAGCUGUUGUUGUACACUUUUGGACAUGCUGCUCAGUCGAUUAAAUGUGUACACAAAACUGCAAGGAAUAUGUCACUGUUUGUCGCUGUAUUUUUUAUCAAAUGGUUUCCACUGGCUGUGUUCUCCAUAACUGCCCUACUUGGACACAUACCGGAAGUAAUUAUGUACAUGGCUAUAUCCUUCACUAAUAUCGGAGGAGUUCUGAAUGGACUGGUUUUUAUCAUCAUCAAGCGGCGAAAAGAACAUCAUAAAUGA